UAAAUUAUUUCCAGUCGCUGCAUUUUAUGCCUGAUCAGCUCCCAGUUUUAGUCAGUGUUCUGACUGAAGGGAAGGCGGUUGCCUUCCUAAAACAAAGUUAACAAAAAAAAAGACGCGCCUUGAGGCACGUGGGAGGGGGCUGGAAAGUGGAAUACAAUAUGCUCUGAGGAAGACGUAUUCUAAAGCUGUAUUGCAGCUUAUGAAGCUGAUGUAUUAGAAUGCAGUAGAAACAGCUGACAGCUGGCAGUUCCUACAGUUCCUGGCUUAUGACUUUCCCAACAGAAGCGCCCUGACAUUAAACUUGUAAUCUCUUUAAUACAGCAAAAAAAAACUCAUUCUCAAUAAUCAGUUUCCAGCAGGACGGAAUCAGAAGAGGAUAGAGAAAUGACUAAAGAACGAUGUUUUAAAUCCUGGACUUUAUUCUUUCUGGUUGGAGCAUUCUUGUCAAAUUUUGUAUAUGGAUCUGUGGGGUUUUACCCAAGGUUUGCCCCAUUCUUUUUCCUUUGUACCCACCAUGGAGAGCUGGAGGGCGAUGGAGAACAGGGAGAGGUGUUGAUGUCACUUCAUAUUGUGGGAAACCCAGAAUAUUAUGUGCCUGGUCAAGAAUAUCAUGUGACUAUUUCCACGAGCACAUAUUUUGAUGGCUUACUGGUCACAGGCCUCUACACAUCGACAAGCAUCCAAACCUCACAAAGUGUCAGCGGACCUGGCUCGUUUGGCCUUGGGUUCAUGUCUGAUCAACCUUUUGGAUCCCAAUUCAUGUGCAGUGUUGUAGCGUCUCAUGUCAGUCACCUUCCACAGACAAAUCUGAGCUUUGUCUGGAUUGCUCCACCAGCAGGAACAGGCUGCGUGAAUUUUAUGGCCACAGCUACUCAAAGAGGUCAGAUCAUAUUCAAGGAUGCCCUGGUUCAACAACUGUGUGAGCAAGGAGCUCCCACUGAAUCACCCCUACGGCCUAAGCUGGCUGAAAUCCACAGUGCCAGUGUGAUUUUGCGGGAUGACUUUGAUUCAUAUCCACAACUGGAACUGAAUCCAGACAUCUGGUUUGAAUGCAGCCACUGCGUGGUAGGGAAUCAGUGUGGUAUCAUUAUGCAUGGCAAUGCGAUUACAUUCUGCGAGCCAUAUGGUCCACGAGAACUGACCACUGUUAUGCUUAAUACAACAACAGCAUCUGUUCUUCAGUUCUCGAUUGGGUCUGGUACAUGUCGUUUCAGCUAUACUGAUCCUGGUAUUAUCGUCUCCUACAGCAAGAACACAGCUGAUUGGAUUGUUCUGGAGAAAAUUAGGGCUCCAUCUAACACCAGCACUGUUAUCCACAUAAUCUACCUUCCUCAAGAUGCCAAAGGCGAAAAUAUAAAAUUUAAAUGGGAGCAAGAGCAUCUUCAUGGAAGUGACGUCUAUGAGGCUUGUUGGGCCCUGGAUAACAUACUGAUCAUCAAUGCUGCACACAAACAGAUGCUUCUGGAAGAUAAUCUAGACCCAGUCGACACAGGCCAUUGGCUUUUCUUUCCUGGAGCCACAGUAAAGCAUAGCUGUCAAUCCGAUGGUAACUCCAUGUAUUUCCAUGGGACUGAGGGCACUGAUUUUAACUUUGUAACAACCAGGGAUGUUGAUCUUUGGACUGAAGGCAUUGUAACACAGUGGGUGGAAGAGUUUGAAAGUCAGCCUGCAGGCUGGGAAAUUUCAGGAGCUGUCAUUGGCACUGAGUGUGGUAUAGUGGAGUCAGGCUCAUCUCUUGUGUUCCUCAAAGAUGGAGACAGAAGUAUUUGCACACCAUAUCUGGAUACAACUAAUGAUGGAAACCUCAGAUUUUACUUCAGCAUGGGGAGUAGUUCAUGUAAUCCUGGGGAUUCAUAUGAACACGAUGUCACGCUCUAUGCCAUGGUUGAGGGUAGAAAAGAGCAUGUUUUAGAUGUGUUGCCUUUUUCAUCUUACAGGAAACCAACCCUAGUUUCAGUUGCUAUCAGUCCAGAACUCCAAACAUCUGCCACAAUGUUCUGCUUGAAACAGAAGAGCCACCGAGGAUUGAACAGGAAUGUGUGGGCUGUAGACUUCUUCCACAUUCUACCUGUCAUGCCACCAUCACCUUCUCACUUAGCAGAGUUUUCUAUCAAUAUGGGCUGUGGAUCUCUUCAACCAGGCAACAGCAUAAGUCUGGAGUUUUCGACAAAUCAUGGACGAUCGUGGUCUCUACUGCACAUGGAAUGUUUGCCUGAUCUAUGCACAGGCCCACACCAUCCCCACAGCUCUGUUUAUUCUUCUGAAAACUAUAGUGGGUGGAGCCGUAUAACCAUUCCUCUGCCAUAUGCAGCACUCACCACUGGGACCAGGUUUCGCUGGAGCCAGAUGGGCCCUGUCGCUGGAAAUAUGUGGGCAAUUGACAACGUUUACAUUGGCCCUGCAUGCUACAAAUUGUGCUCUGGCCGAGGUCGAUGUACCACCAAUGGAUGCAAAUGUGAUCCAGGAUUUUCAGGACCUGGUUGUGACUUAGCUUCACAGACAUUUCCUACCAUUAUUUCAGAAAGUUUUAGUAGUUCCCGGCUAUCAUCCUACCACAACUUCCACUCAAUCCGCGGUGCAGAACUUGGCUUUGGUUGUGGCGUCCUCUCAAGUGGCAAGGCAUUGGUAUUUAACAAAGAGGGAAGGCGAGAGCUCAUUACUUCUUUCCUGGACAGCACUUUAGCCAGGUUCCUUCAGUUUACUCUUCGCCUGGGCAGCAAGUAUGUACUAAGCACAUGCAAGCCACCAGACCAGCCGGGAGAAGGGAUUCUACUGCAUUAUUCUGCUGACAAUGGGAUUACAUGGAAUUUGCUGCAGCAUUACUCUUACCAGAAUUACCAUGAGCCAAGAAUUAUUUCUGUGGAGCUUCCAGAAAAUGCCCAGCAAUUUGGCAUCCAAUUCCGAUGGUGGCAGCCUUAUCACUCUGGGCCUGAUGAGGACGUGUGGGCUAUUGAUGAAAUUACUAUGACCUCAGUACUAUACAACAGUAUUAGCCUCAACUUCACCAAUCUUGUGGAUGUCACUCAGUCCCUGGGCUUCUACCUGGGAAAUGUCCAACCUUACUGUAACCAUGACUGGACUCUAAGUUUCACUGGAGAUUCUAAAACCAGUUCAAGCAUGCGCUAUGUUGAAACCCAGUCCAUGCAAAUUGGGGCCUCAUAUAUGUUGCAGUUUAGCCUUGUGAUGGGCUGUGGGAAGCUGUUUACACUGCAUGUGGACAACCAAAUCAGAUUGGAGUACUCCACCAACCAUGGUUUGACUUGGCACCUUGUGCAGGAGGAAUGUUUUCCCAGCAUGCCCAGUUGCCAGGAGUUCACCUCUGCCAGUGUUUAUCAUUCCUCAGAGUUCCCACAGUGGAAAAGAGUAACUGUGUCCCUACAACAGAAAACAUGGUCAAGUGCUACACGUUUUCGCUGGAGCCAGAGUUACUAUAUGGUUCAAGAUGAAUGGGCAUUAGAUGAUAUUUAUAUUGGUCAACAAUGUCCUGAAAUGUGUAAUGGACAUGGCUGGUGUCAUAAUGGACUCUGCAAAUGUGAUCCAGGCUAUCAUGGAUCUGCCUGUAAGCCAGAGGCCAUGUUACCUUCAACAGUGACGUGUGACUUUGAGAAUGAGGCUGUGAUAAAAAAUGAUUGGCAGGUAGUUAUUGGUGGGCAAAUCGUCAAACCGGAAGAAGGGUGUGGAGUCAUUUCCUCAGGUUCAUCACUCUACUUCUCAGAGAAUGGGAAGAGGCAGCUGGUCAGCUGGGACUUGGACACACAGUGGGUGGACUUUAUCCAGUUCUACAUUCGGAUUGGAGGGAACACAGGCUCCUGUAACACACCAGACAGCAGAGAGGAGGGUGUUUUAUUACAAUACAGCAACAAUGGCGGUAUAACCUGGCACCUGCUUUCAGAAAUGUAUUUUUCUGACUACAGUCAACCCAGAUUUGUUUAUUUUGAACUUCCGGCUUCUGCUAAGACUGCUUGCACACGGUUUCGUUGGUGGCAGCCCGUUCAUUCUGGUGAGGGAUAUGACCAGUGGGCUAUCGAUGACAUUAUUAUUUUAUCAGAACGACAGAAACAGAUUAUCCCUGUCAUUCAACCAACUAUACAGCAGGAUUACACACCUUCCUAUGAUAUUCCUCUGAGUCAGUUGAGUAUUUGGCUGAUGUUAGCUAAUGAGGGAAUGGGUAGCAAUGAGACUUUCUGUUCCAUGACCCCCUCAGCCAUGGUGUUUGGGAAAUCGGAUGGUGAUCGGAUUGCUGUGACACGGGACCUGACUCUCAAACCUCGAUAUUUACUUCAGUUCAAGCUGAACAUUGGAUGCGAGUGCCAGUUCAGUAGCGCUGCUCCUGUCCUCCUUCAGUACUCUCAUAAUGCUGGCAGAUCUUGGUCAUUGGUAAAAGAAGGUUGCUACCCAGCAUCUCCUGGGGUCAAAGGCUGCGAGGGAAGCUCAAGAGAACUGAGGGAGUCAACAAUUUUCUAUACAGGAGAUUUUGAAACAUGGACAAGAGUCACAAUAGUUAUCCCAAGAUCUGUCACAUCCAGUAAGACUCGAUUCCGCUGGUUUCAAGAGACCAGCGCUCACAGGAACGCACCUGCGUUUGGUUUAGAUGAAGUUUACAUCUCCGAGCCCUGUCCUAACUACUGCAGUGGGCAUGGUGAUUGCAUCUCGGGCGUCUGCUUCUGUGAUGUUGGCUAUAUAGUUGAAGAGGGAACUUGUGUGCCGAAUACAUCAAACCCCAGUGAAAUGACUGAUCGCUUUGAGGAUAAGCUCAAUCCUCUCUGGUUCAAGGUUACAGGAGGACAGACUGGCAUUGGCUGCGGGAUACUGAAUGAUGGGAAAUCCCUCUACUUCAAUGGCCCUGGGGGAAGAGAGGCCAGAACUGUCAGUCUUGACACAACAAACAUCAGGUUGGUUCAAUUUUAUAUCCGAAUUGGAAGUCGAACCCUUGGUUCAUCUUGCAGCAAACCAAGAGCUAGAAAUGAAGGAAUUGUUGUGCAGUACAGCAAUGACAAUGGAAUAACUUGGCAUGUUUUACGUGAACUGGACUACAUGUCUUUUCUACAACCUCAAAUAAUAACAAUUGAACUGUUCCCAGAAGCCAAAACUACAUCUACAGCAUUUCGCUGGUGGCAGCCACAACAUGGAAAACUCAGUGCACAGUGGGCCUUAGAUGAUGUCCUGAUUGGAAUGAAUGAUAGCUCCCUUACUGAUUUCCAAGAUACAUUUGAUGAUUCCUCUGACCUGCAAUCCAACUGGUAUCGCAUUCAAGGGGGCAAGACAGACAUGUAUUGCCUCUCAAAGGAUACAGCACUGGUUUUUAAUGCUAAUAUAGGCAAACCCAGGUUUGCAGAAACUUGGGACUUCCAUGUUACUGCCUCCACAUUCUUGCAGUUUGAGCUCAAUCUAGGUUGUGGAAACCAGUCUCCAGAUUCCAAUGGCAUUCAGCUGCAAUACUCCCUCAAUACAGGCAAAGACUGGCACCUAGUCACUGAGGAGUGUGUUCCUCCCAGCAUUGGCUGUCUGCACUACACAGAAAGCUCAAUCUACACAUCGCAGAGGUUCCAAAAUUGGAAGCGUGUCACCGUCUACUUAUCUCCAGGAACUAUAUCCCCAAGGACCCGAUUCAGAUGGAUUCAAACAGAAUAUUCUUCUGGAACUGCAAACUGGGCUAUUGAUAAUGUGGUCCUUGCCUCAGCAUGCCCCUGGAUGUGUUCUGGUCAUGGGAUUUGUGACAUGGGUCAUUGUGUAUGUGACAGUGGCUUUGGAGGACGUAAUUGUGUGCCCUUUCUUCCAUUGCCAUCAAUUCUCAAAGACGACUUUAAUGAAAAACCACACCCUGACAUUUGGCCAGAAGUUCUUGGAGCAGAGCGAGGGAACUUGGAUGGGGAGAUCAUCAAAUCUGGAACAGCAUUGGUCUUUAAAGGGGAGGGAUUGAGGAUGUUGGUUUCCAGGGACCUGGAGUGUACAAACACUUUGUACAUUCAAUUCUCAUUUAAGUUCAUAGCUAAAGGUGUCCCUGAUCGGUCACAUUCUGUAUUGCUGCAGUAUUCCAUCAAUGGUGGCAUAACCUGGCAUUUGAUGGAUGAAUUCUACUUCCCUCAGACAACAGAGGUCCUCUUUAUUAAUGUUCCCUUACCACAUACAGCCCAGACCAAUGCAACUCGAUUCCGCCUUUGGCAGCCCCACAAUGAAGGGCAAAAGGAAGAAAUCUGGAUCAUCGAUGACCUCAUUAUUGAUGGGAAUAAUCAGAAAAAUCCUGGGAUAUUAUUGGAUACAUUUGACCUCGGACCCAAAGACGAGAACUGGUUCUUCUUCCCUGGUGGAAACAUUGGCCUCUAUUGUCCUUAUGUAUCAAAAGGAGCCACGGAGGAAGAUUCCGCCAUCGUCUUCGUGUCAAAUGUAGUUGGGGAGCAUUCCAUUACCACUCGCGAUCUGGAUGUUAAUGAGAAUACCAUUGUUCAGUUUGAGAUCAAUGUUGGAUGCAAUACAGAUAGUUCAGCCUCAGAUCCUAUUAGAUUGGAGUUCUCACGGGACUUUGGAGCCACUUGGCACUUGCUUCUGCCACUCUGCUACAGCAGUGGUCACGUCAGUGCACUCUGUUCGACUGAACUUCAUCCCAGCAGUACAUAUUAUGCCGGUACCACCCAGGGUUGGAAAAGAGAGGUAAUCCACUUUGGAAGGCUCCAUCUGUGUGGAUCUGUGAGGUUUCGAUGGUACCAAGGUUUCUACACAUCAGGUUCGCAACCAGUGACUUGGGCCAUCGAUAAUGUUUAUAUUGGACCACAGUGUGAGGAGAUGUGCAAUGGACAUGGCAGCUGUAUCAGUGGAACCCAAUGCAUUUGCGACUCUAGAUAUUCUGGACCAACCUGUAAAAUCAGCUCCAAAAACCCAGAUUUCUUGAAGGGAGACUUUAAAGGUCCAAUAGACCCCGAGAAAUUUUUAGUGGUCAGUGGUGGGAAGCCAUCCAGGAAAUGUGGCUUAAUGUCGAGUGGAAACAGCCUCUUCUUCAGUGAAGAGGGACUGCGCAUGCUGAUGACUGUCGAUAUGGAUUUGUCACAUGCCAGGUUUGUCCAGUUUUUCCUAAGACUGGGUUGUGGUAAAGCAUCCCCAGACCCAAGGAGCCAACCGAUGCUUUUACAGUAUUCCCUGAAUGGGGGCCUUAGUUGGGGCGUUCUCCAGGAAUUUCUCUUCAGCAAUUCAAGUAACAUAGGCCGAUACAUUGCACUUGAGAUCCCACUGAAGGCUCGAUCCUCCUCCACCCGUCUGCGUUGGUGGCAGCCAUCUGAAGAUGGGCAUUUUUAUAGCCCCUGGGCCAUUGAUGAGAUUGUGAUUGGAGGAAGCAUUACUGGUAACACAGUGAUUGAAGAUAACUUCAGCACAUUGGAUCACAGGAAGUGGCUGCUCCAUCCAGGAGGCACAAAGAUGCCUGUCUGUGGCUCGAGUGGGGAUGCUUUGGUAUUCAUUGAGAAGGCUUACACCCGUUACGUUAUCUCUACUGAUGUGGUGGUGAAUGAGGAUUCCUUUUUGCAGUUUGAUUUUGCUGCUUCCUGCUCUGUCACAGACUCUUGUUACGCUGUGGAACUUGAGUAUUCAGUGGACCUAGGACUGAACUGGCAGCCUGUGCUGACAGAUUGCUUGCCAUCUAAUGUGGAAUGUAACAAAUACCAUCUACAGAGGAUUUUGAUGUCUGACAUUUUCAACAAGUGGACGAGACUCACACUGCCAUUGCCACCUUACACCAGGUCACAGGCUACCCGUUUCCGAUGGCAUCAGCCAGCACCCUUUGAGAAGCAGCAAACAUGGGCCAUAGAUAAUCUUUACAUCGGGGAUGGCUGUGUGGACAUGUGCACUGGCCAUGGAAGAUGCUCACAUGGUUCCUGCAUCUGCGAUGAGGACUGGAGUGGGGUCUACUGUGAUGAACCAAAGACAAGUCUUCCUCGACAGCUAAAAGACAAUUUCAACAGAUCCCCCUCCAGCAACAAUUGGCUGGUUGUAAAUGGAGGCAAACUGAGCACUGUCUGUGGAGCAGUGGCCUCUGGAAUGGCUCUUCACUUCAGUGGAGGUUGUAGUCGUCAGCUGGUGACAGUGGAUCUGGACCUCGAAGAUGCUGAGUUUAUCCAAUUCUACUUCAUGUAUGGCUGCCUUGUUCCUCCGAAUAACCGUAAUCAGGGAGUCUUCCUGGAUUAUUCUGUUAAUGGAGGCAUCACAUGGAACAUCUUGUUGGAAAUCUUCUUCGAUCAAUACAACAAGCCUUCCUUUGUGAGCAUUCUUCUACCAGCUGAGGCCAAAGUGGUAGGCACUCGUUUCCGUUGGUGGCAGCCUACCCAUGAUGGCCAUGAACAAAGUGACUGGGCUAUUGACAAUGUAUUGAUAUCUGGGACGGCUGGUGAGAGAACCUUCAUGCUCGAUACAUUCAGCAGUACCCCUAUCCCACCACAUGACCGGAGUCCUGCUGACAGUGGACCUGUUGGUAGGAUCAUCUUUGACCUAUUUCAAGAAAGACCAAAAGCUUAUAAACUAAACAAGUACUGGAUGUUCCAUGAUGAAUGCUCUGUGGAAAGAUUCUGUGAUUCCCCUGAUGGAGUGAUGCUCUGUGGCAGUCAUGAUGGUCGGGAAGUUGAUGCAACAACACAUGACCUUACACCUAGUGAGCACUGGAUUGUGCAGUUCAAGAUUUCAGUGGGCUGCAGAACUACAGAAAAGGUUGUGCAGAAUCAAGUUCAUGUUCAGUAUUCCACUGACUUUGGAGUUAACUGGCAUUACCUGGUGCCACAGUGUCUUCCAGCUGACCCUCAGUGCUCUGGUGAUACCACACAACCAUCUGUGUUCUUCCCUGCAAAAGAAUGGAAAAGAGUCAUUUAUGCACUGCCAGAAAAUCUCUUGGGCCAUCCUGUGAGAUUCCGAUUCUAUCAGAAGUAUUCUGAUAUCCAGUGGGCGAUUGACAAUUUCUAUGUGGGGCCUGCUUGCCCAGAUAAUUGUGGAGGACAUGGAGACUGCUUGAAUAAACAGUGCUACUGUGACACUGGCUUUACUGGGUCAAAUUGUUACUUGAGUCAGCCUCUAAAGACUUCACUGAAGGAACGUUUUGAGAGUGAUUCCAUGAGAUCAGACAAAUGGAUUUCUCUGGAAGGUGGGAAAGCAUGCACAGACUGUGGUGUCCUUGUGGAAGAUUUACCCUUGUAUUUCAAUGGAGCGGGCAUGAGGCAAGCAAUAACUACAGAUCUUGAUCUUCGGGGUACAAAAUUUGUGCAAUAUUGGGCCAGAAUAGGCAGUGAGAACAACAUGACCACAUGUCAUCAGCCUACUUGUAGAAAAGAAGGGGUUUUGUUGGACUACUCCACUGAUGGAGGAAUCACCUGGCAUCUGCUGCAUGAAAUGGAUUACCAGAAAUAUAUUUCUGUGCGCCAAGAUUAUGUCCUCCUUCCAGAGGAGGCACAUACGAAUACAACUCGGCUGCGAUGGUGGCAGCCCUUUGUUGUUCUGAAAGGCCAAAUUGUAGCAAGCAAAGAGCGUGCUCAAUGGGCACUGGAUAACAUCCUGAUAGGAGGAUCUGAAAUCAACCCAAGCCAACUAAUGGAUUCUUUUGAUGAUGAAGGUGUCAUCCAUGAUGAAAACUGGAUUUUCUACCCUAAUGCAGUUCGUACAGCAGGUUUCUGUGGUAAUCCCUCUUUCCACCUUUAUUGGCCUAAUAAGAAGAAAGAUAAGACACAUAAUUUCCUAGCUUCACGGGAACUUAUUGUAGCACCAGGAUACAUACUGCAGUUCAGGAUUGUAGUUGGCUGUGAAGCAGAUUCCUGUGGUGAUCUUCAGCCUGUAUUACUGGAAUACAGUAAGGAUCCAAGGAAAGACUCCUGGUCACUUGUGCAAACAGAAUGUCUUCCUUCAACUAGCAGCAAUGUUGGCUGCUCCCCGUUCCAGUUCCAUGAAGCUAGUACUUACAGUUCCGUCAAUUGCUCCAGCUGGAACAGGGUCACCAUUCAACUACCUGAAUAUGUCGCAUCAAGUGCUACUCAGUUCCGAUGGAUUCAAAAGGAGGGCAUCACUGAAAAACAAAGCUGGGGAAUUGAUAAUGUGUACAUUGGAGAGGCCUGUGCCAAGCUCUGCAGUGGACAUGGAUAUUGUAGAACUGGAACAAUCUGUAUUUGUGAUGAGGGUUAUCAAGGAGAUGACUGUUCCGUUCCAAUCAAUGACCUCCGCAGUUAUAUCAAGGACAACUUUGAAUCACCACGUGUUACAGAAAUAAACUGGCAGGUGAUUCAAGGAGGAGCUAUUGGCAGUGGAUGUGGUCAGCUAGCUCCCUAUGCCCAUGGGGAGUCACUGUACUUCAAUGGCUGUCAGAUGAGACAGGCUGUAACCAAGCUUCUAGAUCUGACAAGGGCCAGCAAAAUCAUGUUUGUGCUGCAAAUUGGCAGCAUAUCACAGACACAGCACUGCAAUGUCGACCUGACUGACCCCAACAUUGCAGACAAAGUCAUCCUACUACAGUACAGUUUGAAUGGAGGAAUUGCAUGGCAUGUUAUUGCUCAGCACCAACCAAAGGAUUUUGUACGGGCCCAAAGGAUAUCUUACAAUGUCCCACUGGAGGCACGAGUUAAAGGUGUACAGCUACGAUGGUGGCAGCCACGUCAUAAUGGAACAGGCCAUGAUCAGUGGGCUUUGGAUCACGUUGAAGUGGUCUUGACACGAAAACAGAACUACAUGAUGAACUUCUCAAGGCAACAUAUGCUCAGGCAUUAUUAUAGUAGAAGACGAAGGUCCAUCAGACGAAACUUUUAAGAAUUACAUAUAUACGUCUCUGUCAUUUCUCAUGACCCUAAUAAAUAAAGCACUGUUUCUCAUAUGGGGCCAAUUUCAGAUAUAGGAAUAUAAUUGAAUAACUUAGAAUGAAGAUUACAAGGAUACCAUAUCUAACACACACUGUGAAUUAAAUGAAGUGACUUAUGUUCCAAAAUGUAUUGUUGUUUAUUCUUUUAUGUGGCUGUGUAUUGUGUGAUGUAUUGCAAUGUCAAUUACUGUGACAGUAUUGUAAGGAAAUGUAAAAGCACAAUUUUUUUUUGCAAUGUCUUUGUAGGCUAGUGCCACAAUAACAUGAACAAUAUCAAAUGGUGCUUAUCACAUAUGUUAAAUAUGUUUAAUAAGGGAAUUGACAAGUCAGAUGGAGAAUCUUUGAUUUCUCUAAUAAGAGUAACUAGAACAAAGAUACAUUAUCCUAAAAUUCAAACUGAGCCAGUUUUAAAUGAAUCAAGAAAAGGUUAUUUCAUACAAAAAUAAGAUGUGAAAUGCACAGAAAUGGUUUCAAGUAACCAUAUAUACAGAAUUAACUGAAAUAUUUAAAAACAAAUUGGGUAUUUACUUAAGAGAAGUAAUGGUACUAUAGAAUAUUGAAAAAAUGGUGUUAAAGAAAGAGAGUUGGCAUGACUAACAAAAUUUCAAAGCAAUGUUGAUGAGGUAAAUGGCCUAUUUAUGUCUGUAUAUUCUGAAAUGCCAAACAAUUAUUGUAUUUGCUUUUUAUUAUCAGUAAAAUUUCACAAAAAUACAAAAAAAAAUCCAUAUUUAAUUUCUUAUUAAGUGACUAUUUCAGAGUUUGGAGAUGCAGUCAGAUGGUGACUUUUGUGAAUCUUAAUGGUAUGCCAUUUAAAGUCUUCAACAACUAACUGUGUUAUAGCUAUAACACUGUUAUAGUUUAAAUGUGCAUUUUUCUGGUUAAACACUAAUGUUUUGAUGUAAAUAGCCAUUUGUGUCUUUUUGCAGUAAUUACUUGUGAUGUUUAUUCAGUAUGCUAGCCUGUUGUUAACUGUGCUUUAUUUUGAAUUUGUUUCUAUGGAUUUAAAGCUGGGUCAUGUUUGUGACUUUUAAGUAAGAAUGUUGUAAUUACCCAGUAUAGGUAUACUACAAUGUAUAGUUAACUAAAACUAAAUAGUGAGUUAAUAUAUCACAAUGUUAUUUACUGAGAUAGAUCCAAACUUACUUUCAAUAAAGCUAAGAUCACAAUAUUA